UCCAACGGCGACCGCCAACAUCUUCCCCCCAGCACUCCAUCGCCCGCCGCCCGCAGACCUCCCUCCUCCGGCGACCGGCCGCCCCUCGCCGCCAGAUCGGCGCCCCCCACGCCAUCCCCGCCUGCCCCCCCGGCAGAUCUACUACGCGGGCGCUGCCCCACCCCACCCGGCCGACGCCGGUCAUCCCUAGCCACGGUGAAGAUGACUUGUGCAUAGAUCGAGCUUCAGUCUGAUGGAUUCUGACGACAAGAAGUUUGGCAAAGGACCUAGGGAGCUCACUGGUGCUGUUGAUUUAAUAAGUCAGUACAAAUUGCAGCCGCACCAUGAUUUCUUUUGCAAGAGGCCUUUGCCACUUGCAAUCUCAGAUACACAUUACCUUCACAAUGUUGUGGGGGACACUGAAAUUCGGAAAGGAGAAGGAAUGAAGCUAGACCAACUCGUUCAGAAUGCAUACUUAAGGGAUAAGCCUGCUUAUAUUAAGUCCUUUGAUAUGGAAACACUGGGGCAAGCAUUUCAGCUUCGAGAAACUGCUCCAGUAGAUUUACCCUCUGCUGAAAAAGGUAUACCUACUAUUUCGGGCAAACCGAAAAGUGAGUCCAAGGACAAAGAGAAAAAGCACAAAAAGCACAAAGACAAAGAUAAAGACAGGGAGCAUAAGAAGCACAAACAUCGACAUAAGGAUCGGUCUAAAGACAAAGACAAGGACAAGGAUAAGAAAAAGGAUAAGCAUCAUGAGAAGAAGAGGAAGCAUGAGGGGACGGAGGAUUCGGCAGACGUGCAUAAGCACAAAAAAAGCAAGCAUAAGAGUUCCAAAACCGAUGAGAUGGGUAAUGGACUUAGUUAGCUACAGUUUUCUUCUUACUUCUAUUGUCAAUCAAUGUCAUAUUCUGUUAGAAGGAGGCUCAAAAGGUUUCUGUCACCAGACCUGCUACAGAUCAAUUGAUAUCAUGAAUGGCUGUUUAUUUGAAGGUGCUUCAGAUUAGGGUCUUGCCUGCUGCUAAUUAUGUUGUUCUUGCAGUGUGGACCUUGUGGAAAAUGUAACUUGUAACAUGGGACAAUCGAACUGUAUUUUGCAACUUUUUUGUCCCUCACUGACUAAAUUGGUUGCCUUGUAGGAACAUUUAGAUAGGACUUCUAAUGAGAUUUUCUCUCUUAAGAUUAGGAAAUCUGAAUAGGUAUUUUUUGAUGAGAUAAUUCGUAAGAGUAAGAGCAGCCAGCUAUUUCUUUUAGGUAGGACUUCUAAUGUGAUUUUCUUAAAGGUUAGAACAUCUGGGAAGUUUGUUUGUGAUGAGAUAAUUUUUUAAGACUAGGAGCACUCCGCCAUUUUCUUUA